AUGACCAUAAUGAAGGCAUGCUUUAGAGCUGGCCUAAACGUCCGCAAUCAUGGCAUCGGACCAGCUGGGAUGAAUGAGAGCAGUGAUAAGUUAUGGAUUCUCAAAACUCUUGAAGAAACAGUAGAUGAUAUAUUCGGCGGUCUGAAUAUUGAUCUGCUUAUUAUUGACAUGAAUGGUGGAGAGUUCACUUUAUUUCCCAACUUACUGCGGUUAGCCAAUGAAACACGUUUCACUCAGUUGAGCGUGCGGGGACAUGUUUGGUCGGAAGAGAAUGAGAACUUUCGUCAAUUAUACUGGAACUUGCGGCAGCUUGAAAGCUACGGAUACUUACAUCAAUAUGGACAAGUUGAAUUACCACGCUAUGACAUCGUGUAUGUACGAGAAUAA